GAGAUAGAGAGAGAAAGGAACUAAACGGCUAGUUAGAGAGCGAGGGAAGGGAGGGGGACAAGUGCACGUUAGCUGCCUACAAAUAAAACACUGAAAUCAUAAACUGUGUCGCGACGCGUUCUUUCUCUUAUUUCGCGCCAUUUCGUUGAUGAAGUAUGAACAGGGCAUCGGAGUAUUCGGCUCCUAUGACAGAAUCAGCGGAUAACGUGUUUCUAGGGUACUUCUGAGGGACUUAUACUCUCCUCAGCCCGCAAAAGCUUCAUCACAGCCGCCAGAGCCAUAUCUCGACACUGGAGAGAUAUCUGGAAGGAUACUCACAUGAGCCUGCUCGAAAUAACGGAAUAAACCCCAUGCCGAUUAUAUAAGGGUUUUGCGACAUACCAGCAUUGCAAAAAAAAAAAAAAAAAAAAAAAAAAAAAAGUCGGGAGAGAGAAAGGACCGCUUCCUCAUGACUUCGCACAGAUAAAUAGCCUAUUAUGGACAAUGCAACCUUUGAGCUUGACGUAGCUGACUUCUCCGGAUUAAUUUCCACAUUUAGUUAUGCGGAGAAGCCACCUAGUCUUUCUUAUAGGACGAACCACUCGAUUUCGGACGAAUGCGACUGAGACACUGAAUUCAGACCAUAUCGUCUUGAUACAUGCAGGUUUGCGUUGGUCAUUAGAUUGAGACUACUCUGUGAAGUCUAUAGAGGACCGAUAUAAGACAUCCAACCGCAUGUUUUGGGAGACUGAUGAUCUCACUGUACAGACAGCCUAAUCUUCUCUGUGUUUGGGAAUGAUUCAAUGGCACAUUACCGAGGGACAUUUUCAGUCGUUUACUCGUAAAUGAGGGCAUGUGGCAUGAGUCCAGCAGUCAGCAUCUCCAAGAAUGAGAGGUGUGGAGCAUGCAAGAUUGAAGGGGAAAAAGCACACUUUGAAAAUUAGAAAGUUCAUGCUGCCGAGUUCACCUUCUGAGAACCGUAGGCAUGUUGCCCUCGCCCCAGGUGUGCAUGUCUACUCUGGUGACAGUGAGCACAAUGGCAGUGGUCGACCUCUACCUGCUGGAGCAGAGCAUGCUGGGACCUCGAGGCGGAGCCCGUCCUGCGAUAUGGCCAUAUGUUGCUGUUGCACUGGGUGACCUGUGUUUCCUGCUGGCACUGCGCUUUGUCUCUGCCGGUGUGGUUUCAGAAGCUCGCUCUCCCCGCCGGGGCUUCGCGAACGCCCUCUGGUUCCUUUUCCUCUCUCUGCUGCAGCUGAAGCUUUUCUUUGUGUGUCAAAAUUACAGACAAGAGAGGCGGCCUCCAGAUCCCCUUGCCCGCAAGACUUUGACACUAUUACUUUCUGUCUGCCUGCCCUCGCUGUUUCUCAUCCUGACAGGAGCUGAUUACAUGACUUCCCUUCGUAGGAAACAGGAGGUGCGGAGUCGACUUCUGUGGGUGGUGGUAGACUUGCUUGAUGUGCUGGAUCUUCAAGCUGGGCUAUGGGAGGUACAGGGCAGCGUGGGGGUUCCUCUUUGGGUGGAGGGUAUAGUUUUCUUCUACUGUUACGUGUUGCUGCUGUUGCUGCCUUGUGUGUCGCUCACAGAGCUGGGUGCUACUGCACUGCCUGGGCUGCAGGCUGCUCGGAAGGAGGCCAUCUAUCCUUGGCUCAGUUUGGUCACCAUAAACCUGUUUACACUUGUGCCGAGGGGGGUAGGGAUGCUCUGGUACAGGGACCCACGUGUAUCGACAGUGUUUCUGGGGAAAAACCUGCUGGCUCUUGCAGUGAAGCUGAGCUCUGCCUGGGAGAGGCACCGAAAGGGCAGUGGAGGGGUGCAGGGUGCAGAAGCCAUCACCGGAACUGGAAACCAGAAUCGAGGGGUGAUCUCGGAACAAGCGACGGAGCAGGAGCAAGGGUGUACAUCUCCAGCGGUGUCAUCUACGCGCUAUCACACACUUUCACGCACUCAUGGGCACAGCCACUCGCUCUCUCAUGUGAGUCUGGGUUCCACUGAGACCUCGUUGGGGCCAGCUUACAUUUCCCAUGAGCUCUAGACAUCCAAGGGCAUGAAAAGCCCAGUAUCUAAAACUGCCAAUAAAUUGGAGUUGGGCUUGUGGCCCAUGAUUGCCCUGGAGUCUCUGUGCUUUUGCCAAGAUUAGCAGAGAUUAGCAGAGUCAUUGUAUUAGCACACUUUGUAGUUUGUACAACUGAUGAUUUGUAAAACCAAACAUGAGCAGCUUACUGUGGUGUAAAGCUCCCAGACAAAAUGAUAAUUGGGUUGAGGUGGGAGUUGUUUUAAUUAAGUGCCUUUAAAGAGCAAGAAUUAAUAUUGUUACUCUUGUUCAGUUUGGUGUUUGUCAAGGACUUGAACUUAAACCAUGUACUGUGAAGCAUGACCACUGUUAAUAUUACACUCUGUAAUAAAUUGUUUAAUA